CCAAUUUCCUUUUAAGUUGCAAGGUCACACUAACAAAUGGCUAAUUCUAGAGGAUACAACUUCACAAUCAUCCUCAUUUUAGCCAUUUCUUAUUUCCUAAUCGCGGUUGAAUGUCAUCGUGGCCUUGCAACUCCCCCCGCUAAUACCGACAUUGAAGUUUUUGUAAUCACCAACUUUGGUGCAAAGGGAGAUGGGAAACCUAUCUAUGCCAAUGGGGAAUCUAUGAACGGAAUAGCAAUGAUGAAAGCAUGGCAAAAGGCAUGUCAUUGUAGUAAUGGACCAUCAAAGGUUGUGGUACCUCCUGGAACAUUUGUAGCGGCAGAGGUUAUAUUCGCCGGACCAUGUAAAAAUCAUGUAACUAUUGAGCUUCAAGGAAAUGUGAUAGCUGAUUCUGAUAUUAGCCAAUUCCCAAACAAAGAAUUUAUCGUUUUCCAAGAUGUGGAUCGCGCCACUUUCACUGGACAAGGAACCAUUGAUGUUAGUAGCCAAGCAAAGAAGUUCUCACAUUCCAAUUAUAAGGAUGUUGAUUUCUCUAGUAUCAUGCCUUCAAUCAAGUUUUACAAGGCGAAAAACAUGGCAGUUGAAGGAAUAAGAUCAGUUAACCCUGCUGCAUACCAUGUGUUGAUUGUGGAGAGUGAAUGCAUAACCAUUGAAAAUGUGAAAUUUGAAGCAACGUCUGUGGAAUCUAACACUAACUCAAAUGGUAUCUACAUAAGUGCAUCUAGUAAAGUUAAUGUGUCUAACAGCUACAUCAAAACUAGUGAUGAUUGUGUCACUGUUGCUCCUGGAUCUACUGAUAUUUCUAUCACGGGAAUCACUUGUGUUGCAGGCCAAGGCAUUAGCAUUGGAUCGCGACCAUACACAACUUCACUUGAUGUGAGUGGUGUGCUAGUUAAGGGUUGCUCAUUCAAGGGAAGCGCAUUUGGUGUAAGGAUCAUUCCUCGCCUAGAAUUCAAAGCAAGUCUUAUUUCUAACAUUAAAGUUGAAGAUUUGAUAAUGGAAGGAGUGCAAAACCCUAUUGUCAUUGACCAAGUACAAAGCAUCCCCAUACUAAACAAGUUAAUUCAAGCGAAGAUAGAAGGUGUAUUCUUCAAGAACAUUAGAGGAACUACAACCACCAAGAAUGCAAUAUCUUUCUCAUGUUGCCCAAAAAAUCCUUGUGAAGGCAUUAAUGUGGUUGAUAUUGAUCUAAGCUUGGAUGCAAAGCUUAAUGCUAACCUCAACCUUGUUGACAAAACCUUGCCUGCAAAAGGGCUAAACUUUUUGGUCAAUUGUUUAAAUGCUAAAGUAAAUUUUGGGGGUAAACAUGAUGGAUUAAGUUGUGGUAUUCUCCCAUAAGAAACUUUUUUGCAAGUAUUUAAGUUGGAAACUAGCGGGUUACAUUAGAGAAACUUAAUCGAUUAAUUUGUAAUGAAUUAAUAAAAAUAUAUUCUCAUACUUUAUUCACAUUACAACAAUUAUGCUUUUUAAUC